AAAGUGUUCGAUUCCAACUGCAAGUAACAACCAAACUCUCCUCAACUAGUACAUUCACAGAGAGAGAGAGAGAGAAACAGAGCAAUACAACACAGAAGACGAAGGAGCAAAAACGGGUCGGGUCCAAUCUCACCUGAGAUCGAAUGACGGAUCCGACUAUGGAGCUGUUGCAGGAGUCGGGUUGGGAGGAAUUGAGGAAGGAGGCUCGCAAGAUCGAGGGCGAUCUCGACGUCAAGCUCUCUUCUUACGCCAAGCUCGGCUCUAGGUUCUCCCAUGGAGGUUACGUGGAUAGUGGGUCACCAACAACUGUUGGUUCCAGCAGGUCAUGGAAGUCUAUGGAAAUGGAAAUUCAAUCAUUGCUUGAGAAAUUAUUGGAUAUAAAUGAUGCUAUGAGUCGAUGUGCUGCAUCUGCUACUCCUACUACUUCAGUUACCCAAAAGCUUGCAAGGCAUAGAGACAUACUUCAUGAAUUUACCCAGGAAUUCAAACGAACAAAGGGAAACAUUAACUCGAUGAGAGAACAUGCAGAGCUUCUCAGUUCUGUCAGAGAAGAUAUUAGUGAGUACAAGGCAUCUGGGAGUAUGUCACCAAGAGUGCAGUUACUACGGGAGAGAGCUUCCAUACAUGGGAGCAUAAGUCAUAUAGAUGAUGUUAUCAGUCAGGCUCAAUCAACAAGGGCAGCCUUAGGGUCACAAAGAGCUUUCUUUGGCAACGUUGAGGGUAAAGUGAAGCUGCUAAGCGACAAGUUUCCUAUCAUUCGUGGUCUACUCGGUUCCAUUAGAAGAAAGAAAUCAAGAGACACUCUCAUCCUAUCUGCCGUCAUUGCAGCUUGUACAUUGUUUCUUAUUAUCUAUUGGCUUUCAAAAUAACUUAAUAUGUUGUUUAUAGUUAUUUAAAAAAAAUAAAUAAAUAAAAUCAGAAAGACUUCUUGUCAAGAACAAAUCAAAAUCCGCUGUUUAAAAUCUCGCAGUACCUUUUUCAUGGUGCCAUUACUCGACAAACUUCAUUCUGCUUCUGAUGCAGUUUUUGUCUUCCAAACUUAGUAUUGACAAUUUGAUAUUGCAUAGUGAAAUUGAGGCUAGAAAAAUGUUUCACCUGUAAAA